AUGGAAGCCGUAAGCCCCAAAGAUAGUUCAUCAGCCUCAAGUCCUUUCUCUUCACCUAAUGUUACCGCCCUGUUGAAGAUUAAGAUCAUCUCAUGGAGUCAAGAAACUGGUUUGCCUGUUUCUGUUUGUGUUCGAGUUGGUGCGAGAACAUUCCACCUUCACAGGAACCCCUUAUUUUCAAAAAGUGGAUACUUUAAGAGACAACUGAUCGAAACAACAGAGCUUGAUCUGCCGCAGACUUUCCCCGGAGGACCAGAAACCUUUGAGAUGAUUGCUUUAUUCAUGUAUGGCUCUUCCACAUUGAUUGAUCCUUUUAAUGUAGCAGCCCUGCGAUGUGCAGCAGAGUUCCUUGAAAUGACAGAAGAACUCUGCUCUGGCAAUCUCUGUGAGCGAUUUGAUCGCUAUUUAAACCAAGUUGUCUUACAAAAUUGGGACGAUACCUUGGUCGUUCUCCAAAGGUGUCAAACAUUGAUUCCAUGGUCUGAAGAGCUGCUGAUUGUUAGCCGCUGCAUUGAAUCCCUAGCCUUCAUGGCUUGCAUGGAGAUUCUUGACCCAGAGAGGAGAAGAGACAAACCAGUUGUUACAUUGGAGGCAUUGGCUGGCCAAGCUUGGAGCUGUGAAGCUGUCAAGGAGAUUGUGAGCCACGAGCUUUGGAUCAAAGACCUCAUUGCUCUACCAUUUGGAUUCUUCAAAAGGAUAAUAGGAUCCUUGAGGAGGCAAGGAAUGAAAGAAAAAUAUGUGAGCCCCAUUGUUGUUUUCUAUGCAAACAAAUGGGUACUCUCUAAGAAGACAAUGCAAUACUGGGAGAGCUCUGGUGAGAGAACUAGUGAUCCCAAGGCAAAUGAUAAAGUUUCAACGAUACUUCAAGGUGUACUGGAUUUGCUGCCAAUGAGAGAGAAGGCCAGUAGAGUGAUUCCUGUUGGCUUUUAUUUUGCAUUGCUUUCUACAUCCAUUGACAUUGGUCUAAGAAAUGACCGCAAGGUAGAGUUGCAAGAUCAGAUUGCAUCUCUUUUACACUUUGCCCAAGUGGAAGAUUUACUCAUUCCAAACAGCGGAGUUGACUCAAUUUGUUCCAGUAUGGAGUUAGCUACUAUGGAGAGCAUAUUUUCAGCAUAUAUAUCGUUGAACGUGGACACAAACCAUACUCCUUCAGCCAGUAACUCAAUUGUAGCAGAAUUAUGGGAUACAUAUCUCUCCCAUAUUGCUUCUGAUCCCAAAAUGAGUCCUAAAAGAUUCAUGGAACUCUUUGAAACAGUACCGAUGUCUUGCAGACAGAGCCAUGAUCAACUGUACAGAGCAUUGAACACUUUCCUGGAGGCACACCUAGACAUAUCCCAAGAAGAAAAGGGGGCUGUCUGCAAAUACCUGAACUGCCAAAAACUAUCACAGUGGGCAUGCAUUGACGCAGUUCAAAAUGAGAUGAUGCCAUUGCGUUUGAUUGUCCAGGCUCUUUUUGUGCAACAGCUGAAUACACACCAAGCAUUUAAAGAAUGCUCGGACUCGUUUAGAUAUGCACAAUGUGGAGAGUUCUCUGGGAGUCUCUCAAGCUCGAGAUGUCCGAACGCCAAAAGCCAAUAUCUAGCAGACAGCCCAUAUACGGAUGGAGCAGGGCCAGGCAGUAGAACAUUGAGUUUCUUGCUACAAAAGGACAUUGCAGUGCAAAGAUGUGAGCUCUCUAGAAAAGAAUAUGAGUCCACAAGCUUUAGAAUUCAGAACCUUGAACAAGAGCUGUUUUCCUUGAAGAAGAGCCUUCAAUUACAAAAAACUUCAAAGAAAACAGAAACAUUGCCAACCAAGACACAGAUCAUGAAACCGUAUAGUGUGCAAAGCAGAUCUCUAAGCAAGACUAGGAACCCACUUGGACAUGUUGCAGGUUGCAUUGGUUCUGUGAAUUUUGCUUCACAAAGAAAGUAUGCUAAUAAGUUACUGAAGAUCUUUCGCCAGAUUACCUUGUUUGGAAGUAGAAAAUCCAAGAGAAAGUCAGGUGUCCCCAGCGUAUGGGGCAAACCGAUGUCGUAG